AUGUCAAGUAAAAUAAGUAGAUUGGCGACAACAACAUCGUCAUCUUCAUCAAUUUCAUCAACUACUUCUUCUUCUUCUUCUUCAACAACAUCAUCAGCUAUAUCACCUAAAUAUGGAAUGACAUCAUUAAGUUAUGUUGGAUGUGCAGUGAUUGUAGUUGGUUUCACAACGCUACUCAAUGGAUCGAGUCUAACGUUUGAGAAACACGCAGUGACAGCACUCUUUAUAUUGAGUUCAAUGAUCUAUUCACUACACCUCGUAUUCGGACUCUAUAUUUAUCCAUCUUCAUUUCAUCACAGCGGUAGCAACAUAUUGCCACCCUCACUAAAAAUACAUCGUUCACUCAUGGGUCUACUAGUAGGUACCAUCCUAUUCUAUAUGAUAUCAAUAUUCUAUGGUGCACCAAUAACAAGAUCAUUUUUUAGAACAGUCGCAUUCUCUCAGUUACUAUCAUCGAUGACAGCUGUACCCACAACUAUUUUACUUGGAUGUCAUCCACAAGCAUGGAAAGAUACUUUUUUUUCACCAAUGCAUAACAGUAUAUAUGAAACAUGUUGUACUAUUAUAGUUGUUUUUAGUUUGGUAGGUGCUUGGGUUGGUGGAUUUGUAAUUCCUCUGGAUUGGGAUAGACCUUGGCAAGCUUGGCCAAUAUCAUGUACCUAUGGUGCAAUCAUUGGUCAUUGUAUAAGUUUAAUAAUAUGUUCAAUAUUUACAUUGAAAUCAAAUAAAAAGAAAAAUAUAAUGUAA